CCCUCCCUUUGAUUUUAACCUUCCCCUAAUUGUGGGCUUUGACGAGCAAGACUCGGCACCUUUCAGUUUUUUCAAUCGUAGCUAGUCUAACAUGCAUUUCUUGACUGCCAUCGCUGCCCUCCUCCCCGUCGGUGCUGCCCUUGCCGCCACCCACACCAUCACUGUUGGGUUAAAUGGUACCUUGACGUUCACGCCAGACAGUAUCAACGCGACCGUCGGAGACACUCUUGAUUUCAGUUUCGUUUCCGGCAACCACACAAUCACGCAGUCGUCGUUCGCUACGCCCUGCAGCCUGUUCAAGGCCGCCAACGGCAGUGCCGGUGUAGACUCGGGCUACAAGCCUGGAACAGAAUCCGACCCCGCAACGUUCAGCUUUGCCAUUAAUGACACCAGCGCGCCGCUUUGGUUCUACUGCCGGCAUCCUGGACACUGCGAGCAGGGUAUGGUUUUCGCGGUGAAUGCGCCUAUCACGGGAGCAAAGACAUUCGAGGCGUUCCAGACGGCCGCUAAGGCAACCAACGCCAACACGACGUCGAGCUCGUCGUCGACUGCGAGUAGCUCGAGCUCAUCAUCGACCGCGCCACCGAGCACCACGUCUACUGCUAGCGGUGCAGGUGUGCUUCGGGCUGGCAGCGCUGGAGCCAUCUUGGGACUCGCGGGGCUGCUUGCCGGCUUGGUGCUCUAGGUUCACUGCUCUGGAGAUGCGGGGGAAGGGAUGUCGGUUAUUUCCUUGGCUACAUUCAUUUCGGGACUUUUACUAGGACAUAUUUUGAAAAUGUGACGGAGGUUCUUGGCAUAUCAGACUGCUGUG